GGACAAAUUGACCAUUUCCUCUACUUAAAUACAUCCUCUUCAUACACACAUGCUUAUUUCAUUUAUUAAGCAAAGUAAACAUAUUAAGAAAUUUAAGAUAUGGAGAGUUUCCUCAUCUUACGUUGCUUCUUCUUAUUCUUCUUCUUUGCCUUCUUCAACGGAGAAUUCGUAGCUGCAGAAAAGUUUUGGAGCAGAAUAGAGAUGGCUGAGAUGAAUGGCUACGGGGAACACAAACUCUCCUCUGUGGUUAUCACCGGUUCUCUUCUUUGCAACUCCCCUGUUUCAGGUGCCACUGUGGCCAUCAAGUGCCACACUGGUCUCAAAAAGAGAUCAAACUGGAUAAAAGCUGUUACUGAUGACUUUGGUGAAUUUAUUAUCCAUCUCCCUUCUCAUCUUCAUGCAAUUCCACACCUCGAAAAGGCAUGUUUCGUCAAACCAGUACAUGUUCCUAAGCACUAUCGAAGAUGCUACAAGACUUUUUCCAAGUCGAAUAUACACAAAGGCAUCAAACUUGUCUCGUCCAGUAACGGCUUCCGCGUCUACACCUCAGGAACGAUCAGGUUACAUGGACACAGUUCAAGAUUAUCCCAAGUUCGUAAAGCCGACAUGUAAACACACAAGAUAUAAUGAGAAACAACAUAUAACUUGUGAAAAAGCAUGUGUUACUUUUUAUGGUUCUCACUUGGUUAGCUGGCGCUUAAGUCACAUAACUAAGUUUGAGUCUCUCUCUCUCUACAUUGUUCAUCAUAUUCACAGUGUACAAACGUAAACCUACCUUUCAAUACCCUUUUUUUUGUUUCAACCUAUCUUCUAUACUUCUGGUACAACAUCAUACAUCAAUAUGGUCACUUACACAUUUGCAUGCAUCUUUUUUUUGAAAAAGGGUUAAAAAUUUAGAUCAUUUCUCAACUUAUGCGUGUCAUCCUUCCGCAUGGACAGGGGCAGACCCGUUUGAAAGGUUGUGGGAUCAACUAACACCACAAAAUAGUAUAAAUAUCAGUUUGUAAGCUAUUGUUUGUUAAUCAAUUGUGGCUCAGUGGUAGGAAAGUGCAGUAUUGAACCCACAUAUAUUGGGUUUGAUCCUACCAAUGACCCUUCAAAAUAUCUUUUUUCAAAUUACACAAUUUUAUUUAUAUUGUGACUCCAUAUAAAUUUACUGCUAAGUCCGCCACUGCGCAGGGGUCAUGCUAAUGUUAUCUAUAUCGUUCCAGUUUCAUCGGAUGUCGCUUUCGGGGAUAUUUGCAUGCAUAUAAUCAGAUGAAAAUGUUUAGAGUGUGUAUCUACUUGCCAAAAAAGUGACAAU